UACAACUUAACACACAAGGGGAUUUUUACCAAAUCUUGCGAUGAUGGAUAGAAGCCGUUUACAACACAUUUUAUAUUAAAUGACUUGACUCUGGUUGUAAAUCAAUUGUGAGACCCCUUUUGCUGUCAGCAACAAGAACUACAUUGAAGUCUAAUCGGGAUAUACCAUACAGCACCGUCUUUAUCUUGCCAGUGUACAAACUUAAGUUUCCGAAAAGUUGUGAAUUUUACUUUAAUUUCUGAGUUUUUAAAAAUGUAUCACAAAUUUAUCUGUGGUAUAGCAAAAUUAUAAACGUUGAAGAGGUAAAUCGACGCCGUAGCAUACAAACUGAAGAUGAGCCGGCAUCGGAACAGAAAAAGUAUAGGAAUACUAUUUUGGAAUGAUGUUUACACAAACAUAUAAAAAUACAAAUUUAAGGAAAUGAUACACUCCAUGCUGAUGUAUUAAGACCCACAAUUCCAGGACUUCAGAUGCUUUGGAACUUUUUUCCUCCUACUACUGCUGCCAUCUUCUCAUGCUAUUUUAUUAAUUUGAUUUAGUGUGGGGCGGGGGGGACAGAGGGUGCUGAAGAGGGAGGUGGGUAAGGAGGGAGGGUACUGAGGCCUACGCGAUCGGGCUUAAUCCCCGUUACUUGAGUAGCCAAGCUCGCAAGGACUCUAGCGAGCAACCAGCAAGCAAUACAGCCACUCGACAAAGCGUUGUGCAAAAUAAGUCUACGUCAGCUACCUAAGAAUCUCCAUGGAGCGAAUGGAAGUGGAUCAGAACGCCUGCGCAACCGCUGGAGGGGGCGGAACUUCGCUUCGUAGGUCCAACAGCGCCCCCAUGAUUACGAAUUUAAGUGAUUCUGCCACAAUUCUUGAGCCUGUUUCAAGCAAAUGUCGACGCAGCAGUGUCUCUAUAAACCUCAGCUGUCCAGGGCUCGUCUUUCCAGUUUCACCUUUCCGAUUAUCUGCUGGUCGCUCAGAUUCUCUGAAGCAGGAGGAGAGCAUGGACAUUACACACAGAGAUAACACACUUACCAGAGGGAUGUCAGCAGCUAUGCAAAGUAUAAGCCUCUGGGAUGGGACCUGUAUAUCACCACUUCAUAUCCAUCACAGUGGUGUGACUCCAAAUCCUUCCCCGAGUCCCACACGGCGUUUUGGAAGAAUGAACUUGCAGUCAUCUCCCUUGGGUUCAUUGAAGAGGAAAGGUGGAAUUGAAGUGGAUUCACCGCCUAAGAAAUUAUUUGUUGCUGGGGUUCCUGGUCCUGCAAGCUCAGAGUCUGUCGUCCUCAAGCCAGUGAUUUCUCACAGCUUAUCUGCACCUAACAGUUUGGAAAAUCUGACAGUCGUCAGUUCAUCACAAAGCACCCAGAUGUCCAGACCACCUGCUACUGUUGCCACUACCUUGCCAUCGGCUCCAGCGUUUGGGUUUUCAACCUCAUCCAUCCCAGCAACACACCCAUCUGGAAUUUGAAUCCAAUGACAGCACAGCACCACAGCUCAGAAAAAUGCAAACAGAUGUAGAGAAGAAUUUGACUAGUUAAGCAAUGCAAUCUGUGUGCAAUGUGGGUGCUGAAGGUUGGCAAUGAAUCUCCAGUACCUUGCUCUGAUGGCCCCAAGUGCUACACAGUAGACAAAACGAUUGAGACUAUACCAAAAAUAAUAGCAGUAGAUUAUAGAGGAGGGUACUUCACAGACAGAUUGAGCACCUGGCUAAUUAAGGAGUAAGUAUGAUGGAACAGGUGAUUCCCACCCCCAGCACCAGUGAUAUUCUCUUUUUGGCAAUGUUUGUGGAUGAUCUCAGUUGACCUCUGGAAUAUAUGCACAGUUACUGGCUGUUCUGGAGGAAUUAAGGGAAGGAAACAUAAUUCACAGCAGUAUUUUGCAUAAACGUCUGUACCUGUAGUCAGCUUUUCUUAUUAUGGAGAAGCCAUCAUAAUUCCCAUAAAUUAAGGAGACAAAGUUAAGUAUGAACUUUUUCUGCUGUGCAGAUCAUAUCUCAUUGGUGAUAAACCUUCUCCCUGCUGUUUACAAACUGAACUACAAUAAUCCUGAAGAGGAACACUUGACAAAGCCUGUUGUAGUUUUACCACAAAAAAAGCAAACAGGAAGAAAUGGCAUAUAUUUUACAGAAUACACUAAAUAAUAGGACUGUGUGGUACCCUUUUGAUUAUGGAGUACAAGGGUGUGAAAUUACUGGAGUUUUUGUAUUUUCAGAAGAUGCUUACUGCAUCAGGAAGUAUUACCUUUAGAAGGAUGUUUGCUGAAGGGACUGUGGUCACCAUCAGCUGUUAUUUCCCUGACUCUGCACAAUACCAGAGUACCUGCCAAGUAUUAGAACAUGACAGCUUCCAGUAGAUAAAUAUUGUAUUAAAGCCCCUGUGUUGGGCCUACUACAUCAGGAAGCAUUACCAUUAUAAUGAUGUUUGCUGAAGACAUAGUGAUCACCAUCAACCAUUCUUUCUUUGAUGUUGCAGGAUACCAGCGUACCAGCCAAGUAUCAGAACAUGACAGCUUCCAGCCUAUAAAUAUUGUAUUAAAGUCCACUGUGUUGUGUCACUCCCGUCUGCACACUAGUGCCAUUUCUAUCAAGCUUCAGACUUUAUGUAUAGAUGUUAAAAUCCUAAAGGAGGGGAUGGUCAGAGUUAUUAGUGGAUUCCUAAAUGUUUAGCAGCAGAACUCCAAAGACAAAGUUGAAUAUAAAGAAUAAAAUGUAUCUACUGGAUUACUUGAUGCAUUUUUGAAAAUGUGUGCCUCACAAUUUUGCUUUCUAUUUUUCCCUUUCUGUAGUUGCAGCCUAAAAUUCUUGCAAUUAGGAAAGCCAGACAGAACUUAAGUGCCAGGUAUAUCAAGCAUGUUUGGUAGGGGGUAGUUUUGUCGUGUGGGUUUGGGAUGUUCGUGAUGGGAGACUGUGCCUAUAGUUUCUUAAUUUGGGCCCAUAACUCAAACAAAUGUAAUACAUAAGUAUUACAACUGUAGGUUAAGAAUACUAGAAAGAGGAACAGGCUUUGUUGGUUUUAUUGUCUGGCACAAUCUGUACUUGUUAGUGUAUCACUGAUGUACAUUUAGUGCAUGUAUCUGAGUAUUUGUGCCAUAAGAAAAGAUUACAAAAUAAUCACUUUGUAUGGCAUUCCUAGUACCAAUUAUCUGAUGCUUAAAAAUGAAUAAAACAGAUAAAUGAUGCCCUAGCCUGUUUAAAUAGCAUUGAUUGGAAUAAAGGGAUGGAAUUUCAGAUGAUUUUACAUACUAAAGGGAGUAUGACGAGCCUUGUAAUGGUAAUUUAUCACCUGCACUUCAUUCCAUUAUAAGUAAAUAAAAUAGUGCUGCCGAGGAUAUGAAGUUUGGUCCUGUAAUAGUUAACUACCAGUUAUAAAGCUGACAGGCAGUGUUACAACAGCUGUUUUUCUUUUAAAAUGAUAGCCUUUCUUAGACCUGAGUAGAUUGUUGCAGGCACCUUUGAUUUACCCUAAGGGUGGGAGAGUGGCCUAAUUGUUAAGGUGUUUGCCUUACAAACACAGGGUACAAGGUUUGAGUCUCACAAGGGAUAAUUGGCUAGGCUUAAAAUGGCUCACAAGGGCAGUUAGCUUAGUACUAAUCUAUGAAUCUAAUGCACAUCUGAGUAAAACCAGCACUCUUCAACCAAGUGAGUCUACCUUUAAACUGAUACCUUUCCUCUUCAUGGGUCUGGGUAAAUGUACGUGUUGUGAGGGUUAGGGAAAUUAAUUUUUCCCACCAUUGAAACUAAAGAUGUUUCUCCAAAUGUAAAUCCACAGCAGUGUUACAAAAACUAUAAGCUUCUUCCCUUUAAAAAAGGGAUCCUCUCAGUCCCAAGCUGUAAGCAAGUGUUAUUUUAUAAAUGUAGAGAUUCAAGUACUCUUAAAAAGGUUUGGUAUAUGUUGUUGUGGCAGUGUUUUCUUGACAUAUAUUUAUAUGAAGUUGUAUUUAUCUAAAACUGCAAAAUGAAAACAAGAUGCAUAGAGAUUAGGGAUGUGAUACAUCUGGGCACGAUUUGAAAAACAGUAUGUGACACACACUGACCUGUAUUUCAUCAUGUUACUUGUUAAGUAACAGAGUUUUCCUCCCCUUUUUUAACCCCUUGCCACAGGGAUUUCGGUGGCAGACUGACACACACAGCCAGUUGAGCAGCAUUAAUAAGGCAUGAUUUAAGCAAAACUCAAUAGCGGGGUUUAAGAAGACUGGGAAUCAGCUUUGCACAACAUGCUUUCACAGUGGUAACCAUUUGAAAGGUUGGGACCCACAUUAGUGAAUCCCAUAAUGUGGAGACUGAAUGGCCAAAAAAUCCAGAGUUAGAUACAGUAUGUCCAGGAUUGCAAUUUCUUGUAAUAUUCACUUUUAUCUGAGGUAUGGCAAUCUCAGAAUUUGCGUGUGUGUGUGUGUGUGUGUGUGUGUGUGUGUGUG